AGCCGACAUUCCAGCAGAGUAAGAUGAAACCUUCUGACUUAUCUCAGGUAUGGCCAGAGGCAAAUCAGCACUUUAGUAAAGAGAUUGAUGAUGAAGCCAACAGCUAUUUUCAGCGUAUUUAUAACCACCCGCCGCACCCAACCAUGUCCGUCGAUGAGGUGUUAGAAAUGCUACAGAGGUUUAAGGACUCCAACAUUAAACGGGAACGCGAAGUGUUUAACUGUAUGCUGAGGAACUUGUUUGAGGAGUAUCGGUUUUUCCCCCAGUACCCCGAUAAAGAGCUACACAUAACAGCCUGUCUCUUUGGUGGGAUAAUAGAGAAAGGACUGGUUACAUACAUGGCCCUGGGCCUGGCCUUGCGCUAUGUACUUGAAGCCUUACGAAAGCCUUUUACAUCCAAAAUGUACUAUUUUGGUAUUGCUGCACUAGAUAGAUUUAAAAAUAGAUUGAAGGACUAUCCUCAGUAUUGUCAGCACUUGGCUUCUAUUAGUCACUUUAUACAGUUCCCUCAUCACCUGCAGGAGUACAUUGAAUACGGACAGCAAUCCAGAGACCCUCCUGUGAAGAUGCAGGGGUCCAUCACCACUCCUGGAAGCAUUGCACUGGCCCAGGCCCAGGCCCAGGCCCAGGCCCCAGCCAAAACCCCACUUGCGGGUCAAGUGAGCACGAUCGUGACCACCGCCACCACCACCACCACCGUGGCAAAGACUGCCAUCACGCCAGUGGGUCGAGUCAGCUUCAAGAAGGACGUGCCGCCUUCAAUUAAUACAACCAACAUUGAUACUCUGCUCGUGGCCACAGAUCAAACGGAGAGGAUUGUUGAACCCCCUGAAAAUGUGCAGGAAAAGAUUGCUUUUAUCUUCAACAACCUGUCUCAAUCCAACAUGACCCAGAAGGUUGAAGAACUGAAGGAAACGGUGAAAGAAGAGUUCAUGCCUUGGGUUUCACAGUAUCUUGUGAUGAAGAGAGUUAGUAUUGAGCCAAACUUCCAUAGCCUUUAUUCAAAUUUCCUUGAUACCCUGAAAAAUCCAGAAUUCAACAAAAUGGUUCUAAAUGAAACCUACAGAAAUAUCAAGGUGCUACUCACAUCUGAUAAAGCUGCUGCCAACUUCUCCGACCGUUCCUUGCUGAAGAACUUGGGCCAUUGGCUGGGGAUGAUCACACUGGCUAAGAAUAAGCCCAUCUUGCACACGGAUUUGGAUGUGAAGUCCUUGCUGCUGGAGGCUUAUGUUAAAGGACAGCAGGAGCUUCUGUACGUUGUGCCAUUUGUUGCCAAAGUCUUGGAAUCCAGCGUAAGAAGCGUGGUUUUCAGGCCUCCAAAUCCUUGGACCAUGGCAAUCAUGAAUGUACUGGCAGAGCUGCACCAGGAACAUGACUUAAAACUGAAUCUGAAGUUUGAAAUAGAAGUGCUCUGCAAAAACCUUGCCCUUGACAUCAAUGAACUGAAACCUGGGAACCUCUUGAAAGACAAGGACCGUUUGAAGAACCUGGAUGAACAGUUAUCUGCUCCAAAGAAAGAUGUAAAACAGCCAGAGGAGCUGCCACCAAUUUCAACCACCAUGCUUCUGUACAAGUUCAGUCCUUAUAACACACAUCCCAACAGAUCAGAAGGGGCACUGGGCUUAACUUCAUGGUUCCACGGUAGUUUGUGUGGCAGCUGGAUUUAUAAUCCCAACUCACCUCUGUACAAGACAAGUGACUCUGCUGAAGCUGAAUUGGCAGUCAGAGCAGCUUCCACAACACCGGCUACCAGCACCACUUGUACGGCUACUGUUCCUCCACAGCCACAGUACAGUUACCACGAUAUCAACGUUUACUCCUUGGGAGGGCUAGCUCCACACAUUACUCUAAACCCAACUAUCCCCCUCUUCCAGACCCAUCCACAGUUAAAGCAGUGCGUGCGGCAAGCCAUUGAGCGCGCAGUCCAAGAACUUGUUCACCCGGUGGUGGAUCGCUCCAUUAAGAUUGCCAUGACUACUUGUGAGCAGAUAGUGAGGAAGGAUUUUGCACUAGACUCUGAGGAGUCGCGCAUGCGGGUGGCAGCGCACCACAUGAUGCGCAACCUGACCGCUGGCAUGGCCAUGAUUACCUGCAGGGAGCCCUUGCUGAUGAGCAUUGCUACCAACCUGAAGAACAGCUUUGCCACUGCACUGCGGGCAGCCUCCCCGCAGCAGAGGGAGAUGAUGGAGCAGGCAGCAGCACAGUUGGCUCAGGAUAACUGCGAAUUGGCCUGUUGCUUCAUCCAGAAGACAGCUGUGGAGAAAGCUGGUCCGGAAAUGGACAAGAGGCUGGCCACUGAGUUUGAGCUCAGAAAACAUGCGCGGCAGGAGGGUCGGCGAUACUGUGAUCCUGUAGUGCUGACCUACCAAGCAGAACGGAUGCCCGAACAGAUCAGGUUGAAGGUUGGUGGCGUGGACCCAAAGCAGUUAGCUGUAUAUGAAGAAUUUGCACGAAAUGUCCCUGGUUUCUUACCAACCAAUGAUUCAACUCAACCCACAGGCAUCCUGGCUCAGCCAAUGAAGCAAGCCUGGGCAACAGAUGAUGUAGCGCAGAUCUAUGAUAAAUGUAUGACAGAGCUGGAGCAGCACCUGCAGUCCAUUCCUCACACUUUGGCCAUGAACCCACAGACUCAAGCCUUGCGCAGCCUCCUGGAGGCGGUGGUGGUAGCGCGCAACUCUCGGGAUGCCAUCGCGGCCCUUGGGCUGCUCCAAAAGGCUGUUGAAGGCUUGUUAGACGCCACCAGCGGCGCCGAUGCCGACCUUCUCCUCCGCUACCGUGAGUGUCACUUGCUUGUGUUGAAAGCAUUGCAGGACGGCCGUGCCUAUGGGUCUCCGUGGUGCAACAAGCAGAUCACAAGGUGUCUGAUUGAGUGUCGAGAUGAAUACAAAUACAACGUAGAAGCUGUGGAGCUACUGAUCCGUAACCACCUUGUUAACAUGCAGCAGUAUGACCUUCACCUAGCUCAGUCAAUGGAGAAUGGCUUGAACUACAUGGCAGUGGCAUUUGCAAUGCAGCUGGUGAAAAUUCUCUUGGUGGAUGAGAGAACAGUAGCUCACAUCACGGAAGCGGAUCUGUUCCACACCAUUGAAACCUUGAUGAGAAUUAACGCUCACUCCAGAGGAAAUGCUCCAGAGGGGUUGCCGCAGCUGAUGGAGGUGGUGCGGUCUAACUACGAAGCCAUGAUUGACCGUGCACACGGAGGACCAAAUUUCAUGAUGCAUUCUGGGAUCUCGCAGGCGUCAGAGUAUGAUGACCCUCCCGGCCUGAGGGAAAAGGCGGAAUAUCUCCUGCGGGAAUGGGUGAACCUCUACCACUCGGCCGCCGCCGGGCGCGAUAGCACCAAAGCUUUCUCGGCGUUUGUUGGACAGGUAGAGCUUGGGGAAAGAGAGAUGCAUCAGCAGGGAAUCCUGAAAACGGAUGACUUGAUCACCAGGUUCUUCCGCCUUUGCACUGAGAUGUGUGUGGAGAUCAGCUACCGUGCACAAGCGGAGCAGCAGCACAACCCGGCUGCCAACCCCACCAUGAUCCGUGCCAAGUGCUACCACAACCUGGAUGCCUUUGUGCGCCUCAUUGCGCUGCUGGUGAAGCACUCUGGGGAGGCUACCAACACAGUCACAAAGAUCAACUUGCUGAACAAGGUUCUUGGGAUCGUGGUGGGAGUCCUUUUGCAGGACCACGAUGUCCGCCAGAGUGAAUUUCAGCAGCUUCCCUACCAUCGCAUUUUUAUCAUGUUGCUUUUAGAAUUAAAUGCCCCUGAACAUGUUCUGGAAACCAUAAACUUUCAAACACUCACAGCCUUCUGCAACACAUUUCACAUCCUGAGACCUACAAAAGCUCCAGGUUUUGUUUAUGCUUGGCUAGAAUUGAUCUCCCAUCGGAUAUUUAUUGCAAGAAUGCUGGCGCAUACCCCACAGCAGAAGGGCUGGCCUAUGUAUGCUCAGUUGCUAAUUGAUCUGUUUAAAUAUUUGGCUCCUUUCCUGAGAAAUGUAGAACUUGCCAAACCUAUGCAAAUUCUGUACAAGGGUACUCUCCGUGUGUUGCUUGUCCUGUUACAUGAUUUCCCAGAAUUUCUCUGUGACUACCAUUAUGGGUUCUGUGAUGUGAUUCCUCCAAAUUGUAUUCAGCUGAGGAACCUGAUCUUGAGUGCCUUCCCGCGGAACAUGAGACUUCCAGACCCCUUCACUCCCAACCUUAAGGUCGACAUGUUGAGUGAGAUCAAUAUUGCGCCACGGAUUCUCACCAACUUCACAGGCGUGAUGCCUCCGCAGUUCAAGAAGGACUUGGACUCCUAUCUCAAAACCCGGUCGCCAGUCACAUUCCUCUCUGACUUGCGCAGCAACUUGCAGGUGUCGAAUGAGCCCGGCAAUCGCUACAACAUCCAGCUGAUCAAUGCUCUGGUGCUGUAUGUUGGCACUCAAGCUAUCGCUCACAUCCACAACAAGGGCAGCACUCCCUCCAUGAGCACCAUCACCCACUCGGCUCACAUGGAUAUCUUCCAGAAUCUUGCUGUUGACCUGGACACAGAAGGUCGGUACCUCUUCUUGAAUGCCAUUGCCAACCAGUUACGGUACCCCAACAGCCACACGCACUAUUUCAGCUGUACCAUGCUUUACCUAUUUGCUGAGGCAAACACCGAAGCUAUCCAAGAGCAGAUCACCAGAGUUCUGUUAGAGCGACUGAUUGUAAAUAGACCUCAUCCAUGGGGUCUCCUCAUAACCUUCAUUGAGCUGAUUAAAAACCCCGCGUUCAAGUUCUGGAACCACGAGUUUGUGCACUGUGCUCCGGAAAUUGAAAAGCUGUUCCAGUCUGUGGCCCAGUGCUGCAUGGGGCAGAAACAGGCACAGCAAGUAAUGGAAGGAACGGGAGCCAGUUAGAAGCCACCAGCCCCGAGGUCUCCAUCCCAUCCAGCCGACAGAAGCGGGCGCCGCGCAUGGGUCUGUGCGGACGGCCGUGGGGCCGCCCCUCCCUUUUCAGCAGGGGGCUUACAUUGCGGAUCUUUGUGUGAGAAAAACCUCCUCCUACGUGGGCAUGUUCCAAAGUUUAAAACAAAGUUCUGACUCUUGGCCAAAAUUCAGAAGAUGCUGUGAAUAUAAUUUUGAACUAUUGUAAAUACACAGAACAGAAAUAUUUGUCUGGACUUUUGGGUUUGUGCAAAUUGUGUUUCAAGAGGUAAUGGGGUGAGUGACUGACCGGCCGGCCGACUGACCAACUGGCUUGCGAGAGAGAAAGUGGUGGCUGCUGCUGCUGAGGCCAAGUGCUUGUCUGGGGCAGAUCUGCUCGCCUGACAUUCCCAGACUCCCAAAGAGUAUGGAAAAGCCAGUUUAAAUAUUAUGUAACUUAUUUUUCUUGCGGGUGGGGGGACCUAUAAAUCACAAGGUGUCAAAGGAAAAAAAUGAGUAAUGCAUUGGAACAGAGGGGGACGGGGUGAGUGUCCAGGUGGUCACUUCCCCCACUAUCAAAUGCGGCCAGAGAGCGAGAGAGCGAAUGGCUGGGGGUCAGCGGCUCGGAGGACUGACCCCUCGGCAGAGGAACCCCAGGAGCCCUUGGGAGGGGGCAGUUGUUUUAGCAAGAGACACAAGACCAGGCCUGUAGAUUUUCUUUCGUGACACUUGUAAAUUUUGGGGUGGGGAGGGUCUGGAUCUAUUAACUGCUCCCCUGUGGCCACAAAGUUUUGAGUUUGUAAAAAGAACAAAAAGGACCAAUACAGCCCAUUUUGUAAGGAUUUUGAAUGUUUUGUAAAUGUAUUGGUCCAUGUGUUGUAUUUUGUAGCCUUUCUAGUUCUCUUGGGCUUUAGUUCUCCCACUUCUUGUAUGUAUGCAUUCUGUAGUUAAAACAUUAAAGUCAUGACAAGCAA